AUGAAACCUUGCUGUGUCAAGGCCUUCUUCCUGUUUCUGCUCUCUUGUCACACCGUAUUGGACGCUACGUCUAGAUGUAAGUUUUAACUCUUCUUUCAACACAUCACCAUGUUGCUGAAAUUUCUAGUCAGCUGUAAAUCGAUGUUUUUCCAUAAAAUCACGAAGACUGCAGAUAUUAAGCAUCGCUAGAUUGCGAUGAAUUUCUCUAGGGAAAAAGGGGGGAUCCGGCUCCANGAAAAAAAAAAAAAAAAGAACAAGAAAAAGAAAAAACGGAAAGGAUGGGAAACUCAAUCUGACGAUUGAGUUUUGGCCUUAUUCAAACGCGCACAAAUAUUAUUGUCUUAACUUCAUGGUGAUAUAUGUCGCUCGCGUCCUCCGUUAUGGCACUUUCAGCUAGCUGGAUGUGCUUGAGGGUUGUGUGAGUAAUUUCCGAACAUUUCAGACCUUUGAAUCUUCUCUGAAGACUGGAGGAAACUACCACACAGGUUCUCGAAAUGCCAGUAGUUGUCAACAGCAGCCUAUUCAGGACUACGGAAAAGUUUUUCUUAACGACGGACACCUUUAGCACCAGCACAUGAUGUAUCCGUGUUAUUGAGAGUCAGCUAAAAGGAGCAAAGAAAGACAGACCAACUCUGCAGGAUGUCCGUUUUAGCAAGGUGCCCGUUAUAAAGAGAGAGUGGACUGUACAUUCGCCCAGACGAUAAAAUCAUUCCACCAAAUUUCAGUUGUUUAAUUUGUUUGUUUGUUUGUUUGUUUUUUUUUUGUAAUUGUUCUUAGACUGCGGUAAGGAACUUAUAGGGUACAACAAGAUCAGAAACCAAAACAUCAAAGCUUCUACAGUGGAUAGGUUUGCUCAAACUCACGAAGCACGAAUGCAUGGUGGCAAUGGAUGGAUACCUGAUCGCAAUGAUAAACACCCAUAUCUGGAAAUCGAUUUAGGAAGUCUAUUUCUUGUCUGCGGAUUUGAGGUGCGAGGGUGCAGGCGAUCUUGGCCAACUAGGUAUAGAGUACAGGUCGCUCCUGAGAAAGACUACUGGGAUUCAUGGAAUUAUAUCAAGGUAAUUUACAUGGAGUUAGUAGCAUGUAAGGGUUAAGUGGUGAUAUUCAUCAUCGCAUUUGGUUAGAGCAGUCUCUUUACGGAACUAUGUUUGGCCUCCGUUCUUUUGUGGACAAAGAAAGAAAGAGGAAGUGAGGACAUAGUCUCAAUUCACCUCAGUUAAAUCCAGUUUUGUAGCAGCUGCUUGUAGGUCUCUCCUGAUUGGUCGCAGAAAACAAUGACUUGCCAUUCUUUAAAUUGUUUCAGUAUUGUUUGGGGUUAGGGUUAGGCACCAUUGGUGACUUCUCUUCCGAGCAGCUGCUUCAUGACCCGUUAAAUCGGUUGCAGGGGAAGGUAAUGGUGAGGUGUCCCUCUUUAAAAUUAUUCUUUUUAAGAUAUUUCUAUCUUAUACCUAAACUUAAGUCGAGGUGUAUGAUUGUGUUGUAACAAUUUACAGCAAUUACAAAGACUAAUCGAAAUAAUGAGUAAUGAUAAAAAUAAUAACAAAGGAAGUUAUGAAAAUACCCGUCAACUCUCGCCUUGCUAUAACGGGCAACCCGAUGAUACGGAUAGCCGUUAAAUUCUAGGCAAAAAAUAAAUUACAGAUGUUUCACUGAAAAGAAAAAUUCCCGCCAUUAGGGACGGAAUCUCGCUAGGGCACUAAUACCCAAGGUCCCCACUGUGCUCGCUGUAAAGAGAGUUGACUCAAAAGUUGCACUUGUUCAGGGUUUAGGAGGAGCUUAAGGUGAUACUUCGUUUACGAUGACUUAAACAUCCAAUACGAUCAACUCCCUUUUAUCGCAGACUCCGUGGGGACUUUGAUAAGUGUCCUCAUUAGCAAGAAUCCGUAAUGGCGGGAUCUGUUUCCGUCAAUAAACUUAUUUUUGCCUGGGAUUUUACUGCUCUACGUAUUGUCGAGGUGUCCGUUAUAGCAGGGUCAGCAAAGCAAGGGUUGACAUACGUGCAUAUAUUUCUCUUACAAAUAACCGCUGCCGGAUUAGCUCAGUCGGCAGAGCGCUUGACUGAAGAGCGAGAGGUCGCGGGUUCGAUUCUUGGGGCCGGACCGAUAUUCAGGGUCUUAAAAUAACUAAGAAAUGAAGGUACUUCCUAAUUUGCACUGCAAGCGGGUAGACUUUCGCUUGGCUCGGAUGACCACGUUAAAUGGUCCUGUCUCCAGCCGGAGACAUAAAAAAAAUAGUGUCCCCAAUUAGUACUUUAGUGCUAAAUACAUUCGUUGGCACUCAGAUAAAGUGCUUUUUUUAUGACCUGCUAUUGAAAAUAAUAAAUGGUGACCCUGCCACCGUCAUGAUUGUUUUUCAGCCGGAGUUUUAUGGGGGGAAAAACGAAAACGACAAGGUAUACAGCGUUGCUAGAGAACGGAAGGUCGGUCGUUAUGUGAGGAUAUUCCCUUAUGGCUUCAAGUUAGACCGCACUGGGAGGCUAUGUGUGAAAGUAGAAAUAUAUGGAAAUCCUUAUUUGCGUGAGUACUGUACCUGUUUAAGUUUGUUAAAUACCUUAUGUCUUUCAAAAAUUUGUUAUUCCUCACCCUUCUUGCACUUUUUUAUUGACAUAAAGCAUUUGUUAAUCAUGACUGCAGUGCCAGGGGAGUUAUACUGGGUAGGCUUCGAUGAUGGUGUCAUGAUACUAGUCACCAUCGAAAUAAUGAUAAUAAUCGUUUAUGUAACCAUAAAAAAGGAAGUAAUAUAAUGUAAUAAGCUAAGGGGCAUUUCGAGGGUCUCAACUUUGAUGGAAGCCCAAAACUACAUGAGUAGAAGUUCAGGAUAAUCCUUUUCAAUUGGAGGUCUCAUAAAAAAUAAAUGUAACUCUUGGUUCUCAAUAGGAGUUGGCGAUGAGGUGUUCGUGAUGGAAAAUCAGAUAACAAUGUCCUAUAAGAAGACAAGUAUUAACAAAGUUAAUCUAGAUACGUAUAAAGUGGAAGUACAUGACCGCAAUGAACCUCUCAGUUAUUAUCCUGAUUACACACAGGUACGUGGUUACAAUAUACAGUUAUAUGGACCUUCGGAAACUCAGACGACGACGUUGACAAAGAAUUAAAAACAAAAAGGAAUAGGUUUUGUUUGCAAAACAGUAAUUCAGCGCGUGUAUCACGUUUCUAUGUUCAUUAUCUGCCAUCCCUCUACAGCCUGAGCUAUGGAAACUUGAACGAGAAGGCAAUAAUAUUUUACUUAUUUUCUAUCUGAGAUCGGAAGCGGUUCUGCCUCUUCAGCUUCAGUUUUAUUUCCCACUUUUUUAAAAGAUUAAACGAGUUGGAAUAGUUUGAAAGGAGGAAAAUUCAGUGUUUCACUUAGUAUACAUUUUUUACUGGUGUCGCCUUUGUCAGAUUGCUUUGAAAAUGACUGCGUACAUGACAUGUUAUUAGAAUACAAGCAGGAGUGUUUUGCGGUUAAAUUGAAAACAAGAGUUGCGGGCUGCCUGUUUGUUGUAAGCAAAAAUGUAAGAAUUUUCUACAACCAGAGUGGCUGAUGAAUAUUAUUUCCAUGCCCACUGAAAUAUUGCUAUCUAGUGUGCUUUCUGUUUCAAGGCCUUCUUCCUGUUUCUGCUCUCUUGUCACACCGUAUUGGACGCUACGUCUAGAUGUAAGUUUUAACUCUUCUUUCAACACAUCACCAUGUUGCUGAAAUUUCUAGUCAGCUGUAAAUCGAUGUUUUUCCAUAAAAUCACGAAGACUGCAGAUAUUAAGCAUCGCUAGAUUGCGAUGAAUUUCUCUAGGGAAAAAGGGGGGAUCCGGCUCCAACUUGAAGUAAGGUUGCAGAUGGAUCACCCUUAAUUAUACGGGGAAUGGCAUUUUCAAUCUAAAAAUUUUCAGUCAAACAGGUGUAAGAACUAGUUUCCCUGCGAGGAACAAAGUUCCUAUUAACAUGAGAUCCAGAUGGUGCGCAGUCCCCACAAAAAUUAUUUUACAACUAUUUCUUGGUCUGUAAAAACUGAAAAAAAAAAAAGAAAGAACAAGAAAAAGAAAAAAAACGGAAAGGAUAGGAUAGAGAUCUGAGGAUUGAGUUCUGGCCUUAUUCAAACUCGCACAAAUAUUAUUGUCUUAACUUCAUGGUGAUAUAUGUCGCUCGCGUCCUCCGUUAUGGCACUUUCAGCUAGCUGGAUGUGCUUGAGGGUUGUGUAAGUAAUUUCCGAACAUUUCAGACCUCUGAAUCUUCUCCGAAGACUGGAGGAAACUACCACACAGGUUCUCGAAAUGCCAGUAGUUGUCAACAGCAGCCUGUUCAGGACUGCGGACAAGUUUUUCUUAACGACGGACACCUUUAGCACCAGCACAUGAUGUAUCCGUGUUAUUGAGAGUCAGCUAAAAGGAGCAAAGAAAGACAGGGACCAACUCUGCAGGAUGUCCGUUUUAGCAAGGUGCCCGUUAUAAAGAGAGAGUAGACUGUACAUUCGCCCAGACGAUAAAAUUAUUCCACCAAAUUUCAGUUGUUUAAUUUGUUUGUUUGUUUGUUUGUUUUGUAAUUGUUCUUAGACUGCGGUAAGGAACUUAUAGGGUACAACAAGAUCGGAAACCAAAACAUCAAAGCUUCGACAGUGGAUAGGUUUGCGCAAACUUACGAAGCACGGAUGCAUGGUGGCAAUGGAUGGAUACCUGAUCGCAAUGAUAAACACCCAUACCUGGAAAUCGAUUUAGGAAGUCUAUUUCUUGUCUGCGGAUUUGAGGUGCGAGGGUGCAGGCGAUCUUGGCCAACUAGGUAUAGAGUACAGGUCACUCCUGAGAAAGACUACUGGGAUUCAUGGAAUUAUAUCAAGGUAAUUUACAUGGAGUUAGUAGCAUGUAAGGGUUUAGUGGUGAUAUUCAUCAUCACAUUUGGUUAGAGCAGUCUCUUUACGGAACUAUAUUUGGCCUCCGUUCUUUUGUGGACAAAGAAAGAAAGAGGAAGUGAGGACAUAGUCUCAAUUCACGCCAGUUAAAUCCAGUUGUGUAGGAGCUGCUUGUAGGUCUCUCCUGAUUGGUCGCAGAAAAUAAUGACUUGCCAUUCUUUAAAUUGUUUCAGUAUUGUUUGGGGUUAGGGUUAAGCACCAUUGGUGACCUCUCUUCCGAGCAGCUGCUACAUGACCCGUUAAAUCCGUUGCAAGGGAAGGUAAUGGUGAGGUGUCCCUCUUUAAAAUUAUUCUUUUCAAGAUAUUUAUAUCUUAUACCUAAACUUAAGUCGAGGGGUAUGAUUGUAUUGUAACAAUUUACAGCAAUUACAAAAACUAAUCGAAAUAAUGAGCAAUGAUAACAACAAUAACAAACGAAGUUAUGAAAAUACUCGUCAACUCUCGCCUUGCUUUAACGGGCACCCCGAUGAUACGGAUAGCCGUUAAAUUCUAGGCAAAAAAUAAAUUACAGAUGUUUCACUGAAAAGAAAAAUUCCCGCCAUUAGGGACGGAAUCUCGCUAAUGAGGGCACUAAUACUCAAGGUCCCCACUGUGUCCGCUGUAAAGGGAGUUGAUUCAAAAGUUGCACUUGUUCAGGGUUUAGGAGGAGCUUAAGGUGAUACUUCGCUUACGAUGACUUAAAUAUCCAAUAGGAUCAAUUCCCUUUUAUCGUAGACAUCGUGGGGACUUUGAUAAGUGUCCUUAUUAGCAAGAGUCUGUACUGCUGGGAUUUGUUUCCGUCAAGCAACUUAUUUUUGCCUGGGAUUUUGCUGCUUUACGUAUUGUCGAGGUAUCCGUUAUAGCAGGGUCAGCAAAGCGAGGGUUGACAUAUGUGCAUUUAUUAUAUGGAGGAGAGUGUUUUACUGGGAACUAAACCACUCGUAGAUUCCAUACGCCACUUCAUCCGGGACCCGAGUGGCGUAUUUUCCGUAUGUCACCUUUGUGAGUGUCGUAUCGUUCAAUGACGUCACGAUUCCCACCUUUUGCUUUUGUUGAAUUGGUUUCUCCAUAUAAUAAAAAGAACAUUAAACGUUGGCUCGAAGAUAUGAAUUUUAUGUUCUCGUGGCAAGAACAAUAUCUCACUCGUUCGCUUCGCUCACUCGUGAGAUAUUGUUCUUGCCACUCGAACAUAAAAUUCAUAUCUUCUCGCCACCGUGUAAUAUCCUCUAUAUAUUUCUCUUACAAAUAACCGCGGCCGGAUUAGCUCAGUCGGUAGAGCGCUUGACUGCAGAGCGAGAGGUCGCGGGUUCGAUUCUUGGGGCCGGACCGAUAUUCAGGGUCUUAAAAUAACUGAGAAAUGAAGGUACUCCCUAAUUUGCGCUGCAAGCGGGUAGACUUUCGCUUGGCUCCGAUGACCACGUUAAAUGGUCCUGUGUUCCAGCCGGAGACGUAAAAAAAUAGUGUCCCCAAUUAGUACUUUAGUGCUAAAUGCAUUCGUUGACACUCAAAUAAAGCGCAUUUUUUAUGACCUGCUAUUGAAAAUAAUAAAUGGUGACCCUGCCACCGUCAUGAUUGUUUUUCAGCCAGAGUUUUAUGGGGGGAGAAACGAAAACGACAAGGUAUACAGCGUCGCUAGAGAACGGAAGGUCGGUCGUUAUGUGAGGAUAUUCCCUUAUGGCUUCAAGUUAGACCGCACGGGGAGGCUUUGUAUGAAAGUAGAAAUAUAUGGAAAUCCGUAUUUGCGUGAGUACUGUACCUGUUUAAUUUUAUUAAUUACCUUAUGUGUUUCAAAAAUUUGUUAUUCCUCACCCUUCUUGCACUUUUUUUUAUUGACAUGAAGCAUUCGUUAAUCAUGACUUCAGUGCCAGGGGAAUUAUACUGGGAGCAUGCGUUACCUGUAUGCGUAAGUCACCAUAGGUUUCGAUGAUGGUGUCAUAAUACUAGUCACCACCGAAAUAAUAAUAAUAAUCGUUUAUGUAACCAAAAAAAAAAUGAAGUAAUAUAAUGUAAGCUAAGCGGCAUUUCGAGGGUCUCAACUUUGAUGGAAGCCCAAAACUACAUGAAUAGAACUUCAGGGCAAUCCUUUUCAACUGGAGGUCUCAUAAAAAAUAAUCUAACUCUUGGUUCUCAAUAGGAGUUGGCGAUGAGGUGUUCGUGAUGGAAAAUCAAAUAACAAUGUCCUAUAAGAAGACAAGUAUUAAGAAAAUUAAUCUAGAUACGUAUAAAGUGGAAGUACAUGACCGCAAUGAACCUCUCAGUUAUUAUCCUGAUUACACACAGGUAUGUGGUUACAAUAUACAGUUAUAUGGACCUUACGAAACACAGACGACGACGUUGACGAAGAAUUAAAAACAAAAAGGAAUAGGUUUUGUUUGCAAAACAAUAAUUCAGCGCGUGUAUCACGUUUUUAUGUUCAUUAUUUGCCUUCCCUCUACAGCUAGCUAUAGAAACUUGAACCAGAAGGCAAUGACAUUUUACUUAUUUUUUGUCUGAGAUCGGGAGCGGUUCUGCCUCUUUAGCUUCAGUUUUAUUUCCCACUUUUUUAGAAGAUUUUAAAAACGAGUUGGAAUAGUUUGAAAGGAGGCAAAUUCAGUUUUUCACUUAGUAUACAUUUUUACUGGUGUCGCCUUUGUCAGAUUGCUUUGAAAAUGACUGCGUACAUGACAUGUUGUUAGAAUACAAGCAGGAGUGUUUUGCGGUCAAAUUGAAAACAAGAGUUGCGGGCUGCCUGUUUGUUGUAAGCAAAAAUGUAAGAAUUUUCUACAACCAGAGUGGCUGAUGAAUAUUAUUUCCAUGCCCACUGAAAUAUUGCUAUCUAGUGUGCUUUCUGUUNGCCUCUUCAGCUUCAGUUUUAUUUCCCACUUUUUUAAAAGAUUAAACGAGUUGGAAUAGUUUGAAAGGAGGAAAAUUCAGUGUUUCACUUAGUAUACAUUUUUUACUGGUGUCGCCUUUGUCAGAUUGCUUUGAAAAUGACUGCGUACAUGACAUGUUAUUAGAAUACAAGCAGGAGUGUUUUGCGGUUAAAUUGAAAACAAGAGUUGCGGGCUGCCUGUUUGUUGUAAGCAAAAAUGUAAGAAUUUUCUACAACCAGAGUGGCUGAUGAAUAUUAUUUCCAUGCCCACUGAAAUAUUGCUAUCUAGUGUGCUUUCUGUUUAAUUUUACAAUGAAAUGGAGAUUUCACCUCUAUCAAUUUUAUGUCAAUUUGUAUUUCACAGCCGGUUUCACUAAAAUGAUUUAUUUGCUUAUUUAUUUCAUUUUAUUUUUCAGGUUAUUCCUAGUCACGUGCCUCUAGAAACAGAGAUCAGAGAAAACUCUUGUGUUCUUACCCCUGGAUAUCACUACGUUGCGGGGCGCGUGCACGAGAUUAACGGAAACAAAUAUCGAGUCGAAAAGCUAGUAGAUGCAAACAGAGAUUAUAAGGGGCAGACCAUUAGGCUGCAUAGCUUCGAAAGAGAAAAAUUACGAGUUAUCUUUAGUGCGUGGUGUGGUAAGCAUUGCAUGUACAUUGUGUUGUUUAUGACUUGAACUAUUCACGGAGAUUUAGCCAGUUCGUAUUCUUCAACAACAGCAUUUUAAACAACAAAGAAAGAGCCUCGAUCUUAUUGAAACAAUUUUUAUUUUUUGCAAAGAUCACCAUUCACUCUCUCCUUUCUUUUUCAACUUUAUCUUUUCUGAUCAGUAAGCCCAUCUGUUUAACUCGAAUUAAAGUUUGAUGCAUUAGGGCCUGUUUAUAUAAGGGGGAGGGGGGGGGGGAACUGCAUGAGGUAAGUAAGGUAACCUGCCCGGCAUAUGAGUGAUCCGCCACUUGUUACCUCACCCAUCUGGGGUCCCCCCUCCAUGUAAACAGGCCCUUUGUUUGUUUUGUACGGAUUGGCACUCAGUAGCAUAGAAUCCUUCAAUUUCAUUGCUUGGCCAAAACUAUUCUGGACUCUUUCCAAAUUGAGUUUCGAAGUCUGAAUUGUCCAGUCAAUAUAAAACAAAAUCAACUUCCACAGAGUAUUUGUAAAAUUACAGUUUGAAAAUUACUCAGCUUAAUACUGUAUAAAUUGAGUGAAGGUGUGAAGCUUCUUCAGCAUCAAAGAUGAUUGAACCCUUCCAUAACAUACAUCGAUUACGGAGGUGACCAGAAAAUCCAAGGGACAAUUUCAAAACUUCUAUACAGUCAAGAUGUGAAAGAGGUCACAACUAAAAAUAUUCAUCUUGACAAACUUCUAAAAAUCAGAAGACACGUCACCACGCCACAUUCAUUAAAUUCAGGUUUAAACGUGAAGGUCGGAACAACCCACCUGUUUCGAUUCCCAUAAGUCAAGUCAAUUUGUAUUUAACUCUCAUAGUUAUUAAUACUAUUUGCAAGUCUAUUUCAAUGCCCUCACAUAUGAAAAUAAAACGAUUGUGAAAAAAGGAAAAGAAGUUAUUUCAAUUUUAGGUUCAUUGUGCAGAGUUUUGGAAACCUAAUUAAUUUGUAGGACUAACCGAAUAGGUGACCCAAAUUUGUGACUGAAUGAAGUUUAAUCAAAUAAAAACAAGCCUAAAUGUCUGUAUUGAAACUAUUUAAAACAGCAAAAUUAAACAACUAAAACAAGUAAGCAGAAGUAAUAUACCUUGUAUUUUUAUUGUUAAACAGUACAUGACUGUACUAUCAUAAGCAUCAAUAAGAACCUGAAAUAUUAAAAAAAAAGACAUGUGGUUUGUUUCAUCCGAUAUAAUAAGCUGUGGUAUUCGGGGUUUCUGUGCCACAAUUUUUCUUAUUUCUUUAUUUGUAUAGGUAAUAGUAUGAUUUGUAGUGAUAUUUGGCAUAAAUACCAUGAGUGAUACUUCGAAAUUCUUAUACGUAAUUUCACGAGCCGUUAGGCGAGUGAAAUUUGAGACAAUUUUGAAAUAUAUGCAAAAUAUCACGUACAAAUCAUGCUAUUAUUUGUUUAUACUACUACCCGCAAAAGGGUUGUAAUUAUCACAUGUAGGUAUUUCAAAUUAGGCUGAAAUAUAUGGUCGGCCAUUUGUUUCAAAAUUAUAACACGAUAUACGUGCGGUAUUUUACCACGUUUACUUGCAAUCAUUCCUGAUACACGAUAUACGUGCGUUUUUUUGCCACGUAUACUUGCGUUCUUUUCUGCUUUGUGGGUACAAACGCGCAUAUAUAUGCGCACAAAAAAGCCCAUAUAUAUGCGCGCGCCGUUACAAACACGCAUGUGGUAUAUGGGGGUCACAGAAAGUUGUCGUAUAAGAGGCACCGAAUUAUACCGUCAGCAAAAAACCCAUUCAUAUACGAUCGAGCUGGAAGAUAACUUCGGUUUGAAUCAAUCAUGGCUGCAAUGGCCGCGUCAAUUUCGAGCAAGGUUUGGUUCUUAUUCAUGGCCCUCACAGUAGUGGUGGUUGUCGGCUCCCCGACAACGGAUUUGUUGGAAUCCGUGGAUUGUCUCUUAAGAGACUGUGUACGCUAUUUCAUGAAUGCUGACCGAAACAACGAUCAAUUCAGUUAGAAAUUAGCGUCUGACAGGCCAAGCGCGACUCAUAAGCUCGUGUGAUAAUGUGAGACAUGACCUUGAGAGGCUGCUUGAACAAAUCAAUUUUUCUUCUUUUCUCUCUCUCGCGCGAAUUAUCACCUUUUCUCCUCCACGAACACGUUCUAAGCCUCCUAGUCUCGAAGCUUUUUAUUCUUUCCCUCCAUUCACUCUAUAAAUUCCAUGUUCCUUGUUUUGUAUUCUCACACUUUAAUAGCCUUUCACCUGCCUCUCUUUCUUUGCUUCUCCACUUUAAUUGUGAUUUUCUUGAUUAUCUAACUCUUUCUCGUUUAACUUGCAUAAAAUGUCCCUCAGGUAUCGAUUUGCUAUUAGUUCUCAGUAGGUUUCUAUAGGCGAUUAGGCUUUUUCUCUUCAUGAUGCUAACCUGCACACAAUUGCUACGACAAUGUAAUUGCCAAUUUCCUGCAAAUUCUCCAGUUUACUUUUAUUUAUUUCCUUUUCCUUCAGAAAAAGUUGAGUUCUUUGCCAGAGUCUCAAAACUGCGUUCAAAGGUUUCCUAUGGUAGAAUCGUCAGUGUCGACUCGAAGCUGGUAUUUUUAGAAAAUGCACAAGGAGGACUGCAUCGGCUCUCAUACAAAACCCAGGAUGCUUUCUUUGUCAGCAAAAGGGAAGUUAGACCUGAUGACGUGGAACCGAAAAAGACGAAACUAUGGUUGCCAAACAUGUAUGGGUAUCUUGAACCAGUGACAGCUCCGAACAAAAUAAUACUAUCUCUUUGGAUUAAGCGUAAACCAAGAAUAGUUUGGUACAAAGAAAAUGACGGUAAGUUAUGAAAACGAAGCUAUUGAUUUCAAAAGCAUUGGCUCACAACUUUUACUGGCGACUGUGGUAGUUUUUACUGAGGCCGACACAAACAGGCUGACAAACAGAAAAAAUCUUUCAACUGAUCUAACUGACACGCUAAAUCAGAAUCCAAACGGGUCGAUCAGAAAUUAGACCAGUUCCCAGGCUAAAAUUCAGCAUGAUAUAGCAAGUCACGGAGGACAGAACACACAAAAAGGAAACAUAAGAAAUCAGAAAAUUAAUAAACAUGUUUAUUGGAUGAGUCAUGUAGUAAAUCACAUUUUAAUUUCUAUUAUCGAUUUGAUAUGCAGAUAAACCAGAUGUUUGCAAAAACGAAGCAGGUCUCUGUUAUAACAGUCGCAUCCCUUUCACAGUUGUUCGGCAAAACUGCACUAUCUCCAAAAUAUGGGAUGGGAAAAAAUGUACAGGUAUGUGUUGGGUUAAGUUGAAUAAUUGUUGAACAGGCGAUACAGAAUUGUUGGUUUUCACAUGACGUCCCAAAAAUUCAAACUAAAAAACUAUCGAUCCUACCGAGAUUUUACUUUCACGAUGCAUUAGUCUAGAGCAGCUGAAAACUAAUUUUCAUACAAAUUUUCGCUUCAAAAGGGUUCUUGGUUUUGUAAUGGAGUACGCUUGAAUUUCUAAGCUUUUGCGUGACGCGGCAUUUACAUGACGGCCAAGAGAGCUGUCAUGUAGGUAAAAAAAAAAGUCUUAUUUCAGGAAAUUUUGGUAUCUAAACAGUUCAUGUAUUAGAAAAAAUAUUACUUUAAUGUUUAUGAGUUUCUCGAAGAAUAAAUUCACGCUUUUGUAGCAAAACUCGGUAACAGAUGUUUCUGUUGGUUUCCGUCCGCCGUGUUGGAGCUCAUCCAGGUGAGAGCCAGCAUGGCGUCUCCAUACAAAUCUCUAUAAGCUUGGGUAAAACGUUUCUUCGGAUAUCUCGUAUACGAAAUAUUCCUCUGACCUGAAUUUUGGCGGGGGUCUUUGCAUAUGUACUUCCUUUCAUCUCCCAGAUUAUGGACUUUAUCUAUUGAACGGUUAUUUUCAUUUUUAUCUAUUUUGAAUGGCGUGGCACUGAAAACCAGUAGUAGGAAGCUUAUAAGUAACGUACGUCAACCGGAAGUGAGGCCUUUUCUCCUUUGAUAUGCCUCAACGCUACCGAAUGUAUAUCGCUACGUUUCCUUAAUCUUAUAGUGAAGAUGUAACCGAAAAUUCGGCCCAAACAACUAAUCAAGAAUGCAAAAAGUCCACUUCUGGUUGACAUGCGUCUUUCGAAAACGUUUUUGCCGGCCUAAUGGCUCCCUACUACUAACGACGACUUGCGUUUAAUUGGGCUGCAUCUCAGCGUGAGAUUCAGCGUUAUCUGUUUCUUAUUAUGACGUUUGAAGUUGGAAACUGGUCCCAGGAUUACCGGGUAAAAUGGCAAAAGGACAUGUAUUGCAAGGUUACUAAAGUUAGUCAAAGUUAGUUAUUGGCUGAAAUAGAAUUUGAAAAACAAAGAAGAACUCUUAUAUUUCCUGUUUUGGUCUGUUCUGUUUAGAAAAUGCAAAGCAAAAAGAAGCGUAGUCUGCUACAAAGCCGUUUCUAGUGUCGUCAUGCAACGCUCCUCCCCACCGGAGGAGGGAGGAUCGUUUCGUUGUGGGGAGGAACGUUGUCUGACGACACUAAAAACGGCUGUGUAGCAGACUAAAAGAAGCGUGGACGAGUGUUAAUUUCUAAUAAUGUCCACAUCAUGAGAUUCCAUCCACUAUAGAGUAAGACUAUACUCUAGGAUUAAAAGGAUAAAUAUAUUGUCUACCAGUUAAUUCCUUGUUGUGUUGGGUUCUUCUACAGGAUUUGGAUUCUGGAAAAUGUUUGCUUGUAGACUCCGGAAUCCAGGGCUUGAAAUUCGGAUUUUAACCCAAGGAAACCUGAAUCCCGCUAACAGUUGGAAUCCGGGAUCCAAUUCCACUGACAAGGAAUCCCGAUUCCAGUAACUGGAAUCCGGAAUCCAAUGCAUCGAAUUCUAGAAUGAUAAGGUGAUGAUAAAUAUACCGUGUAGUGGUUGGUAAAUGCCGAAAACCCCCACCGCACCCACCUCAAUAGGCUUUUUUGUUGACGACUGUCGUUUCUUUUUUACUUUGUAAUGCACAGACGAAGAUGAAUGCAAAACAGGAAUGGCCGCAUGUGCUUUGCAGGCGAGAUGUAAGGAUACCCCUGGGUUUUAUAAGUGUGAGUGUAAAGCUGGUCUGAAAGGUAAAAAUCCCCGCACGGAAGACUGCAAGGAUGUCAAUGAAUGUGAGAAUAAAAAGAACUGCCACAAGGAUGCCAUCUGUGAAAACACGUUUGGGAGCUUCAGCUGUCAUUGCAAGAGAGGAUUUAAAGGUGACGGGCGCCACAAAUGCGUUGAAAUCGAUCGGUGCACAGUUCUAUCAAACAAGGUACAAUGUAGUUUAUGAUCAUAAGCACAUAAGCCUAAAAAGUCUAAUUUUCCGACCUUUAUUAUAUCCACUCCUUUCGUAGUCCCAAAAGUACCAAACGCGCUUCCCGUGGAGGCUAGCUACCUCCUGGUAUGAUGCGGAAACUAGAUUCUGAUCCCUUGUAGACCGUUCUUACAUUCUAGGAAACAAUGGCAUCAACUCGAGACUUGACAAAAUGCAUAUGAGGGGUUAAUAGGAAAUUCUCUAUCCAAGCUCGGCCUCAUUCCACUAUCCGCAGUCCGGAGAAGGGCGUAAAUGACGUUCAAGUGAUCCUUCUAUUUAUUUACUCCGGACCACAAUUGGAAAGUUGUCAUGAUCAAUAUUCCUACUGUUAAAUAAUUUAAUAAUAGUUAAUAAUCGAGAGGAGAAGUCGUUCCGUCACGUUGCCAUGGUAGCAAAAUGUUUGGAUGACAACAAACCGAUAAAGUCACUUAAAAGUCUAUUCGCGCCAUUGAAAACUUCAUUUAAUUUGGCAAAUCUUGGCGAAAUUUUCUUUGGGACCGUAUAUAUCUAUCGACAUCUAAGUUUAGAAAUAGAAAGCGACAAUUUUUGUGUUGUGUUCACCUACUCCAUAGAGCGGGCUCAUGAAAUCAGGAAGUUUCAUGUCGUAGUGAUGUAACGACGGAAAAGAAACGUACGAACAGCGUGAUACACGUGCAAAGUUGUUGUUUGUUAAUAUAAACAUAUUAUUUUUUGCCGUUCUCCUUGCCGUCGCCGUCAUCGUUGGUUUUUUUGUCAUCCAGAAAUUGUGCUACCAUGGUAACGUGACGUCACACUUCUUCUCCCUAUGGUAUGAAAUUUAAAAAAUACUAGUUACAUUGCAAUAUGCACGUUACUUUUGAUGCUUAACAUUUGAUCUUUAAUUGUUUUAUUAGGUUUUAAAAUAUAAGAAGUAUUAAUUCGUGCACAAAGUUUUCUAGAAUCUCUUAUUGACAAUUCAUAUUCAAUUUGAUUUGUUAACCGUAAUUUUACUUCUAUUUUUUGUUUCAUUCAAUUUCAAAAGGACCAUUGCGAAAAGGAAAAGAAUGCGAUUUGCAAGAAUUUUCCAGGAAAAUAUCAAUGCGUAUGCAAAAAUGGUUUCCAUGGAAAUUUUAAGCAGUGCAAGGAUCUUGACGAGUGCACUUCGAGGAAACAUCAAUGCAGUCCGCAUGCCCAUUGCAUCAAUACAAUUGGUUCUUUUACGUGCAGAUGCAAAAGUGGUUACCAGGGCGACGGUCUAAAAUGCGAAGACAAACUGGAGUGCAAAGAACCGUCGGUUAGAAUAAAAAAUUAAAAUAAUAAGCAAAUAAAUAAAUAACCCUUUAGUUUUAGUGGUACAAGUAUACACAGAGGGUUUCCGUUGUAGAGAAAUUCGGAUCCAAUUUGAAAUUUAAAAAGAAGGGGGAGGGGUGAACCAGAGUACCGGCGGGAUACCCCACUGUGGUACCAGGGGUGGGGGGGGAUGGAACUCCUCCCCGGAGUUUUCGAUAUGUUGAGUUUUCGAUAUGUAGAAAGCCCUUGAUCUUCUUAACAAGAUGAGGUAUAUUUUAUGGGUGGUGGCGCUGCUGAAGGCCUGUGACGCCACCAUCAAUUGGGUCCAUCUUGGCCGCCAUCUUGGAUUUUACCAAGAAUUAGAAAUCAGGCUUAAACCGCGACAAAAAGUAAUGUUUUGUGCUUUGCAUGAUUAAUAACACAUAAGUAAGCACUUUGCAUUAUUUAAGCCACAAGAUUUACCUUUUUCUUGAAAGAAGUUAAAAAACGGGUAUUUUCACCCAAAAAAUGGCUUGACCACCUGCUACUUAUGACAUCAUACCUCGUAAUUAUAGCAACUGACCAUCACUGAAGUUCUCUCAAAAUUUGCGCGAGGAAUGAACGAACAGCUACUUAAAACGUCAGGUGCUAUUGUUUUAUCCUCUAGGAAAAGCUCAGAAAAUCCUUAAAGGGGGGUGGGAGGUGGGGGGUAGCAUCCACCCUCCCCGUUGUACGUCCGAGGGUUAAAAAAGUAUAAGGUACAAAAUGAGUUCCUGUUAAUUUUUAAUUCUGUCCACAUCACAUCAUUUUCAGGCUAGGAACUAUCCUGUCACAUCAGUACAACACCAAUAUUUUGCGGUAAUUAAAGGAGCCAUUUACCACGGUAAAAAUGUCCCUUGUAACCGCACCUAACGUGUAGUAUCUCCUUACAUAACUGCAAAAUAUAAGAUGAACAGUGUAAGAUGCAUUUUAACUGAAAACAUGCGCUUUUUUCCCAUAGAAAAGUCGAUCAUGUCAUGCGCAUGGCAAGUGUGUGGAUACUGUUGGUGGAUACAAGUGCGAGUGCAAAGAGGGUUACUAUGGUGAUGGGGUUAAAAGCUGUGUACUUGCCAACGAAUGUGAACUUGGAAUCCACAAGUGCCACAAAACCUUGGCUACCUGUGUCAAUACUCACCAAAGCUAUGAAUGUCACUGCAAUAAAGGCUUCGAUGGANCUUCUUCUCCCUAUGGUAUGAAAUUUAAAAAAUACUAG